AUGUUCGAAAAUGUCUGGUCACUCACUCUUUCUUCCCAUCUAUUCGCCCAAUCUCUUCAUCCCACGGAGCCAGUCCUUGCCGUCGGAUUGGCUGGUGGCCAGGUAGAGUCAUUUCGUUUACCACCUGCAGAAGCCGGCUCCGAUGACGAGGAUGACCACAACACGAGUAUAGCAUCUAUAAGCUCUAAUGCCAUCGACCUUGAGUGGCGAACCCGUCGACAUCGCGGAAGCUGUCGAACCUUGGCUUAUAGCCACGAUGGCGAAGUACUCUACUCAUCUGGUACCGACGGUCUAGUCAAAGCUGCCUCCUCUCAAACUGGUCAAGUUGUAUCCAAAAUUGCUAUUCCAUACUCAGCCGGUAAAGCUGAUGCACCAUCGCUGGUGCAUGCGCUUUCUCCAGAGACUCUUCUUCUCGCGACUGAUUCUGCAGCGAUUCACGUAUAUGAUCUCCGAAGCCCAAGUAUUAUGACCCCAAGGCCGGCACAGACAUACUUUCCACACCAAGACUACAUAUCAUCACUCACACCUCUUCCUCCAAGCUCAUCGAGUAAAUCUGGCUUCAGCAAGCAGUGGAUUUCAACUGGCGGGACGACACUAGCAGUCACAGAUUUGCGAAAAGGUGUGCUAGCUCAGAGUGCAGAUCAGGAGGAGGAGCUGCUGUGUUCUACCUUUGUCGGUGGGUUGCCCAUAAGACCAGGCAAGAGUAAUGGCGAGAAGCUACUUUUAGGUGAUAGUAGUGGAGUCCUCACGUUAUGGGAAAAGGGCGUCUGGGAUGAUCAACAAGAAAGAAUUAGAGUUGUCAAUCGCCGAUCAGAGGCUUGUGCACUAGAAUCAAUUGCUCUCAUGCCACAGGGAGUGGGAGAUGGAGGAAAAAACGUCGUUGUGGGAGUCGAAGAUGGCAAAAUACACAUUGUUAAGCUUGGUAUUAACAAAGUAACUGCUACACUGCAACACGAAAGGCUAGAUGGCGUUGAGGGCGUCACAGCUCUUGGGUUUGAUGUCGAUGGUCGUCUGAUAAGCGGAGGCGGCACAAUUGUCAAGGCCUGGCAGCAGCUGGCGUCAGAUAAUGGCAGCGAAGAUGAAGAGGAUGAUGAGGGGAGAGACGGUGGAAGCUCGAUUGACGACAUGACAUCAUGCGAUUCUGACGCGGAAACUUGCGUAAGAAGACCUUCCAGCCAAAAUGACAGGAAGCGAAAGAAGCCCCGAGUGUCCAAAAUAUCUUCGACUGGGAUCAUGGGGUUUGAGGGCCUGGACUAG